AGGUUUUGAAAUUCUUAGUUCAACGCAUACUCUGUCUUUUUCCUACUCUAAAUAAUCUUGAAAGACCGCACUCACCAGUAACCACAUCGGUUGUUUUGGCGGGAACCGAGAAGAACAGGAGUGAAAAAAGCCCCUCUCCUUCAAAUCGAAGACCAUCAGAAAUUCAGAAUAACAGAGAAAUAUGAGCUCAUCAUCAAUGGAUGCUACUUUACCAGAUUUAAUCUGCCAACUUGACAACGUUCAAGGCUUCGUUGAUGCUCUCACUUCUGUUCGCUGGAAACGUCAUCAGGAUGCGGUUUUAGAGUUAUCCGAACACGGUGUCGUUUUGAUUGUGGAGGAAACUGGUUGUCUUCAAGCCAAAGUUUAUCUUCAAAAAGAGUUGUUUAUGAAAUAUGAGUACACUGCAGAAGCAAGACCUCGAUUUGGAGUGAGCUUAGGGCUGUUAGUUGAUUGUCUGAAUACAUUUUCGGUUCCGGGACACUCGAGUACUAUUGAACUUCGGUAUCCAGGUCCUGAUAUGCAGCUUCUACUCAAGUCUAUUGAUUCACCAGAUACUUGCAUUUAUGCUGAGAUCAGAACAAGAAUCCCUGAUACUGUUUCGUGGGACUAUAACUUUGAACCUGUGGGUACUACGCCUUUGAGCUUCACAGUGAAGUCUGCAGCUUUGAAAGAAGCUAUUGAUGAUCUGGAAUGGCCCGGAUCAAGUAUCAAAAUAACAUUACAACCAACUCCUCCUUCGGUUGCGUUCAGAAGUGAAGGCCAUGGUGAUCUACAGAUAGACUUUAUGUAUUAUGCAAAUACUGAUCUUUUAGCAGCUUUGAGCUGUGAUCGUGAAGUGUCUCAUCGGUAUAAAUAUAAAUUCUUACGGGCAACAACUUCUAAUAUACCAAGUAGUGUCGUCAAAGAUAACCGUGGCAGCAAGGUUACGGUUGGGAGAGGCGGAAUAUUGAAAGUGCAGCAUCUGGUCUCCGUUGCAAAGCAAUCACACCCACACAUUGAUUCUGCUGGUUAUCAGCCUCCUAGCAGGAUAGCAUACAUUGAGUUCUUUGUCAAGCCAGAGGAGGUUGAAGACGAUUGAGUCCCAUUCAAGCCUUCAAAGGUGACUCCCCCCUCUUCAUCAUAAUGCUAAUGCAUGCAUCAUAAUGCUAAUGCAUGCAUCUUUAGACUUUUCUAGCUAAACUUAUCUUGUGCAGUUACGCUUCAAUAUAUGUGCUACAAAUUGAAUAGUUGGGUGAUUACAUCAAGUAAUGUAGACAAAUUAUAAUGAACUGGCCAAGUACUAAUCCCAAUUGAGGCUUUCUUCGAUGGCUAAUACUAAUAGUAGUUAUUCACAACCAAUCAAGGGACUUUGGCAAUUGAUCGUCUUCACGAAUGCUUAAAUUCCCUUUCUAUUGAGUUCAGUUUAGUUCAUCGCGUGAUUUUAUUCUUUAAUUUUACUAUCUUAAUUGGUUACUAAAAGGAAAACUUGACUUUUAUAAUUUACCUUUUCACCCAUUUACGGUGAAAAUAACCACACCUUUAGAUUAUUUUCUAGUAAUCCAACCUUUGUUAUAAAUUUGGAUGAUAUGAAUCAUUAAUAUUUUUAAAUAAUUUCUUGAAAUAUAUUGUGUAAUAUAGUUGGGCGGGAAAACAUUUCAUAUGGUAGUGCAACUGUACGUCCCAUUCUUCUACGCCUUUAGUAGAAAAUUACAUCAAUAUGAUGAUUAUGAAAAUAUUAGUGUCAGUGUUAUUCUUUGAGUCUUGAGUUUAUUCUCAAUAAUUCAGUCAACAUUGGGCGGCUAAGAUUACAAUUGUAGUGAAAUGCCAUGCUUUCUUCUAAAAUGCCCUUUUCAUUAAUCUAAAAACCAAAAUCCCCAAUUCUUUCCUAUGCAGUAGUACUUCUAUUAGCGUAUUAUACUAGUGUAGAAACUUGUGUAAUGCACGAUUUUUUAGCAUCGAUAUAUAUAAAAUAUGAUAUUAAGAAAAUAAACCUAGAGAUACUAUGCAGUUAAAACACUCAAUUUUGACCGUUAUAUGUAUAAAUU